AUGGACAAAGGCAACAUCAUAAAAGUGUUCAUAAAUCCAAAUUUUAACAAAAAUACAAAACUGAAGAAUCAAAUAGUGCCUCCUCAAAGUAUUAUGCAUGUCAAUCCAAAUUUUCCUAAAUAUGGAAUUAAUUUGCAAAGUAAUACAAACAUAUAUAUCAACCCUAACUUUAUUAAUAGAAAUCAGAUAGCUGGAGAAGAUUUCAAAUGUACUAAUGAAUUAAUUAAUAGAAAUUGGAGUAAUAAUAGUAAAUUGCAAAAUGAAGCCCUUGAUUCAUCAUUAUGUCAAAAUAAAGAUAAGACAAUUUUGCAGCACACCACUACUAAAUCCCGGUAUUCUAUAGUAAGACAGAAUCUAAAUAAACAAGAAUGUAUUCAAAGUUCAGAUGACACUAGAACUAUAGUCAAAAUAAGUAAAUAUAAAUCAGUUCGACUAAACAUGAAUAAUAAAAAAGCACUGGAAGACCAUAAUAAUAUUGAUAAGAAAAUACCCUGUGAGGCUAAUAGAACCAAGCAUUUUAAUAAGAAAUACUACAAAGAAAACAGUAAAUUCAAAUUUGUUAAAUAUAAUACAGAGUCACCUAAAUUUACUAUGAGAAACUCAAAAAUAAAUAAACCACCAAUGGAUAUUAAACAUGUGGUUAAUAGUUCUAAAAUAAAAAAUAUAAAAGGAAAUUUAAAGAAAAACAACAUUCCUUGCCCUUUAUUUAAAAAAUAUGGAAAAUGUUUAAGAAUGGCACAUGGAAAAUGUGAAUAUAUGCAUGAUAAAAAACAUGUGUCUAUAUGUCGAAAAUUCUUAAAAGGAAUAUGCCAUGAUAAGCUGUGUCUUCUUUCUCACGAGCUGACAUUAAAAAAGAUGCCCACUUGUUACUUUUAUUUACAGGGAAUGUGCACAAAGGAAGGGUGCCCAUAUCUUCAUGUUAAAUUAAACGAGAAAACUAAAGUGUGUCCCGAUUUUAUUAAGGGCUAUUGUGAAAAGGGUGAUAAAUGUUUGAACAGACAUGUUAAUUUACGUAAUAAAAGAAAACUUUUAAAUGUAGAAAGUAAAUACAAGUCUAAUAAAUUGAAAGUUAAUAAAUAUUCAGAUCAUGUAACUAGAAAUCGUAAUCAUGUACAACCAGGCACAUCUAAUUUGGUACCAAAUAACGUAAAGGAAAAUAGUAAAGAGACAGAUUGUAGAUAUUAUAAAGAUACUAAAGUUGAUGAUAAAGAACCUGAAAAAUAUGAUAUUAUCAAACCAACACGGUGUAAAUUAGGAACAUUACCAUCGUUUAUUAAAUUCUAGUAAUGUUAGUUACAUACUUUGUUAUAGUCUUAGAGAGUCAUAAACUAUCUGCAUCUAAUUACAUAAUUUCUUUCAUAUUUUGUUGUCUCUUCAUCGAGUGUAAAUUUCAUAAUUUUCAUAAAUGAAAAUGCGGAGUACAUCUACAUUUAUGAAAAAUAUAAAUGUAUGAUAUUUUGUGCAGAUGGUUCAGAGAUUACUGUAUCUUUUAUAGACACUAAUAAUUAAACAGGUACUUAUAAUAAAUGUAUUUUGAUUAUCA